AUUUUACUUUAAAUAACGGCAAUGAGAAUUGAAAGUUUCAAGAUUUAUAUUCAAACAAACGUACGACUAACCGUCGAACGGUGUCCAGCCAAUGGCAGCUUCGCUCGCACACUAUUGGCUAAACGACUACUGACGCAAACGUGAUAAAUAUGGCUGCACACGGCGCUCGCAACGGAAAUCGUUCUCGACCGUUGUACUGUGCGUUUCGUGCGUAGUUGCGUACUCGAUCAGAUCAAGAUGUCUGGACGUGGCAAAGGAGGCAAGAUUAAGGGUAAGGCGAAGAGUCGCUCCAACCGAGCUGGGUUGCAAUUUCCCGUGGGUCGUAUCCAUCGGUUGCUAAGAAAGGGCAACUACGCCGAGCGCGUUGGAGCUGGUGCACCGGUUUAUCUGGCCGCCGUGAUGGAGUACCUUGCCGCCGAAGUAUUGGAGUUGGCCGGCAACGCGGCUCGUGAUAACAAGAAAACCAGAAUCAUUCCGAGACACCUGCAGCUCGCCAUCCGUAAUGACGAGGAACUGAAUAAGUUGCUUUCUGGCGUAACUAUCGCUCAAGGUGGUGUAUUGCCCAACAUUCAGGCAGUGCUAUUACCGAAAAAGACAGAGAAGAAAGCGUAAUCAUAUAAAUCGAGAGAGACAACAACCUUUGGUUUGCAGUAAACAAAUGGCCCUUUUCAGG